AUGCUGGAUCUUCGCGGCCUGGACGCUGUUCUUAUGCUUGCUCGCUCCGUCAUGGCCGCCCUGGGAAAGGCUGCGGCAUCCAAAGCCGUGGUGUCCAAGGCCCCGGUGCCCAUCCCGAAGCACGGCGUCGACUAUCGCGGCAAGAUCGUGCUCGCCCCCAUGGUCCGCUCCGGCGAGCUGCCCUCCCGACUCGUCUCUCUCAGGUACGGCGCCGACCUCGUCUGGGGGCCCGAGACCAUCGACCGCUCCCUCAUAGGCGCCGUCAGACGCGUCAACCCUCGCAACCAGACCGUCGAGUUCACCCGCGUGCCCUCCAACCCCGGUCCCGCAGCCGACAAGGUGUCCGUCAUCUAUCGCAUCGACCCGGCCAGGGAGAGAGGCAGGCUCGUCUUCCAGCUCGGCACCGCCUCUCCCGACCUCGCCGUCCAGGCUGCCAAAGUCGUGGCCGCAGACGUCUCCGGCAUCGAUGUGAACGCCGGCUGCCCCAAACCGUUCAGCACGCUCGGCGGCAUGGGCGCGGCCCUGCUGCGGACUCCGGACUUGCUCGUCUCCAUACUCGAAGCACUGGUGCGUGAGGUCGGCCAGCCCUGGCAGAUCGGUAUAUCCGUCAAGAUACGCAUCCUCAGAGACCCCGCAGAGACUGAGAAGCUGGUCACUGCCCUUUGUGCAACCGGCAUCACCGGCCUGACCGUCCACUGCCGCACUACCCCCAUGCGGCCCCGGGAGGCCGCCAUACGUGACCAGUUGCCCAUGAUCGCCUCCAUCUGUCGCGCGGCCGGGGUGGCAUGCGUGAUGAACGGAGACGUCAAGUCUAGAGACCACGGACUCGAACUCAUGAAGCAGUAUGACGUCGACGGCGCCAUGAUUGCUACCUCUGCAGAGUCGAACUUCUCCUGCUUCCGCAGCGCUGAAGACGGCGGCCGGGCCUCCUGGCGCGAACUCGCACACACAUACAUCCUUACGGCCAUGGAGUGCGAGAAUAAGUGGGGCAAUACAAAAUACCUGCUCAAUAUCUUCUUGCCGGGCAAGGACAAGGACGCCCAGAUGGCCAAGGCCGCGAGGACGUACACUCAGUGCUGCACCAUCUUGGGGUUCGAUGAUCUACUCCCGGCGGCUAACCAUGUGGACGGUAUCCUGGGCAUUACUGACAAGACAGAGGCGGGUGUCAAGCGGAGUCCCGAUGUGCUGGAACCCGCAGUCCACGAGAAGGCUGCAAGGGUCUCUCAUACGCCUCCUACUCAUGCUACUACUACGCCUUCUGGUGACAUCGGUCGAGGAAUCGACGUAUCUGCUGGCCCGAACGCCAUUAGAGGUGACACGCUCGCCAGUCAGGUAACCGCCUAA